UAGGGUUUUGUCUCAAUGUCAAGUGUUUCCGUUUGCGUUCGCUUCCGGCCGUGCAAUUCCCGGGAGAUCGCGAGCACUGGAGCGAAAUCUAGCCGCAUUCACAUCCUGGACGAUCGAUCCUUCGAUUUCAAGGACGACAAAGAGGGAGCGAUCGGGUUUUCUUUUGACAGGGUCUUCAACGAGGGAUCGCCUCAAGGCGAUGUCUUUGACUUCGUCGCCCUUCCAAUUGUGCAGGAUGCUAUGAAUGCCAUCAACGGGACGGUUCUUGCGUAUGGACAGACUGGUGCUGGAAAGACUUUCAGUAUGGAGGGCACUGAUGAUCCUGGCCAAGAGGGAAUUCUACCGAGGGUGGCACGAUGGAUUUUCCAGUACAUAGAGACUGCUGACCCGGUGUACGAGUUUAUCAUCAAGCUGUCCAUGGUGGAGAUCUACAUGGAGAGAAUAAGAGAUCUUUUGGACUCGACCAAGGACAACCUUCAAGUAAAGGAAGAUAAAACACGCGGAAUAUUUGUCGCUGGUGCUUCAGAGGUUUAUCUUCAGUCGGAGGAAGAGAUGCUCAAGACUGUGAAGGCAGGAAUCUUGAACAGAGCUGUGGGAGCGACGAAUAUGAACGCCAAUAGCAGCAGAAGCCACUGUGUGUUCUUGAUAACCAUUCAGCAAACGAACUCGGAGGACAGGAGCGUGAAAACCGGAAAGUUGUUCCUGGUAGACCUUGCUGGAUCUGAGAAAGUGGAGAAAACAUGCGCCGAAGGAAAGCUCCUAACGGAGGCUAAGACAAUCAACAAAUCGUUGUCAGCUCUUGGAAAUGUGAUAAAUGCUUUGACCUGUGAGAAAGCGUGCCAUGUACCUUACCGUGACUCAAAGCUGACGAGGAUUUUGCAAGAGUCCUUGGGUGGAAACUCACGGACGACUCUGCUUUGUUGCUGCUCUUCGGGCUCAUAUAAUGCAGCCGAAACGCUCUCUACGCUACGCUUUGGACUAAGGGCCAAGGAAAUAAAAAACAAGCCCAGGGUCAACACUGAGAGAUCAAGAUAUGAUCUAGAGCAGGCACUCCUCAAAGCGGAGGGAGAAUGCGAACGCUUGAGGUCUCAAGUCAUAAUGCUCAACGCUCGAAUUCACUCGUUAACUGGAGAAGACAAUCCAGCAGCCAAACUCGCGGUUGGGCGAGAGGCCAGCAGUGGCAUGCUUGAAAAGCUGAAGGUGGCUCUCUCCAAGAAGACACCAAAUCUGGACGACGUAGUGGAGAUCGUCAGGCAGCUGUUUGAAGAGGAGGGCCUUCUUGGCGACUUCUCUGAAGUGCCGGAUGCCGAUCUCACGGCCGUUUUAAACGAGGAGAUGAGAAGAACCUUGACUGUCAUGCAAAACACGGUGGACGAGAUCGCAGAAAUAUUGGACAAGCUGCCCGGCGAGAGCGAAGUCCCCGAGUGCCGAUGCGGUGGGAGGAAAGCUCCAGACACGCUAAAAGCCGCUUGCGUCCGGAGAGCUCAGAUCAUCCGGCCCGUCCGAGGCGGGACACAUGGAGCCCGUGAGUCGACAUGGAACCAAAACAACAAACUCGCAACGGAAAGCUCGAUGGAUUCAGCUGGCAACGUUUUGCAGCGCCUGAUGAUUGGCUGGUGGAAAUGGCCAACGAUGCCGUUGCUGCGAGCGCGAGACAAAAGCACCACACUGUUUUGAUUGAGAGCUCGCGAUCGAUCGAGAGGAUAAGUUGGAAAAUGAUUUCACUUAUCUUUUGUUUAGAGAUCCCCACAAAUGCUAGUAGAACCAGCUUCGUCGGAACGAACAAACCACCUAAAGGAAAACCGCAGCUUUGCUCUUGUUUUA